UCACAUGGAAUUCGCAAUGAUUUCAAUAUCAUGUGUUUUUCAUAGCACCACAAGACCGCAAUUUUCAAUUUUUCUGAAGGAAUUUCAUCAAAAUAAUGGAAGACGAUGGCGAUGAAAUAAUUGAAACAAUUCCUGUUUUCUUGUCCAAAACCCUCGCCAAUCAACUACACGUCUUGCAAUAUCCCGUCGUCAAUCAAAAUUGCAACUUCGACAAGAGUCACGUUGUCAAUUCCUGCGUCAAACCGCUCACGCAACAAGUCAAAAUCGACUUCGCCCUGAACACCGCAUCUCACAAUUACGACGCUUUCAAGGGAGAUCAACUGGCAAUCGCUGCCGACGGUCGAAAUCGCUCCAAAAAUGAUCCAAAACCGACUUUUCGUAGCGGGCGCAUGGAUAAGCAAAGUUACGUUAGCAGCGUUGCGAUGCCCGAAGUCGAUCGUUUCUGCGUUGGAAUCAUCAAAGAUGGCGAAAUGUAUGUCACUCCAGUGAAGGGAAUCUACCAAAUGCGUCCCAGCUUCUCGUAUUUCGAUAAACAGGACAAAAGAGCAAAAGCCGACAAACGCGCCGAGGAUGGCGACAUGGCAGAUGAGGAAGAAACGAAACAAGUAACUGUCAAAUUCGCCCGCAACGAAAGCGAAAAAGUGAAAAAAGCCCGUGAAAAGUCGUACAAUUACAUUUCGCGGAUGGGCGCUGAAGAGCCGUGGUGCGAAACUUUGUGGCAUCCCGCUUCGUCGGAAAUGGCAAACAUGGAACAACAAAAAUUGCUCAUGACGGGCACUUCUUUCACGUCAGACACGUUAAAUAUGGCGAGUAAAGAGUACGUUGAUCACCUAAUUGGACACGAAACAACCCAAGAAGACUCCAAAGCGUUAGCAGCUUUGUCCAAAGUCAUCAGUAAUCGCAAAGCAAAAUCCCUGCCGCUCGUGGAUCAGUUGAAAAAUCUCCUAAUUAACGCAAAAAUGGUGCCUUUUCACGUCAUUCAGUCUCGUGUCACCGAAACCAACACAGAAAAGCUGCUUCGGGUCUUGCAAACUGUCGGAACGCUUCUCCGGGGCAAUUGGGUAGUCCAAUCGGAGCAUCUUUAUCCCGAAAAUUCCGUUUCUUCGGUGAAUGGCGUGCCAGCGGCGCUUAUGGUGCGUGCCCGGGAAUACGUUUUGUACAAAUUUUCGUAUCAGACGCAGCUAAAUCGACCAGAAGUUCAGGCGAAAACUCAAUUGCCGCCGGAGGAGGCGAAACAAGUGCUCGAAUCUGUGGCAAAACUCACGGGAAAAGUGUGGGAAUUGAUUCAACGUGAAGAUCGGGCGUUUUCGCAAAAGUAUCCGGAGCUCGUGCAACGUCAACAAUUGUAUUGGGACGCAAAGGCGGAGAGUUUUCGCGAAAUGGAAGCUGCGAAGGAGUCACAGAAGAGAAUUCGUAAAAAGUCACAUCGAGAGUCCAAAUAAAUUUGAUAUUUUGUUAAUUUAA